AUGUCGCAGCGAGCUACUAUUAUCGGGAUUCUCGUGGUCCUGUUCUCCACGCGCGCUGUAUCCGCUGGCUUUCUCCCGGCGCUACCGCUUCGCGCUCUCGCCGCGCUCUCGCCGCGCUCUCGCCGCGCUCUCUCCGCACCCACUCUUUCCGCCGCUAGGCCUCCUUCCGCCAAUCAGUCGUCCAGCAGCGCCCGUCGCUCGCCGCGUGGGACCGCGCGCAUCAGCAACACGUCGCUGAUGGGCAUCACACCCGCGGGUCGACCGGCGCCAGCGUCCAUUGUGGCGCAGGCCAACGCCACCGGCACCAUCGCCGCCUUCGCUCCCACGCUCAACCUCUCCACCUCGGAAGUGCCGCCAUUCGCCAUCGACCAGACGUACGGCUCCUUCCAGUCCGCGUGGACCGUGCCCACUGCCACGUGGCGCGCUGUGAGAGGCUUCUUCGCCCCCAGCAGGGACUUUGGCGGCGGCCCCUUUGCUUCCAGCAACCUCACGGCCCCCCUCGCCUCGUUUGGCUUCAUUAACGGCCACCUGAGCACUGUGAGUGUGACACCUGAGCACUGUAGCAGCGAACCAGUCACAGGUGCACCUCUUCAUCAACUCCACUGCCGUCUUCACUGCCCGGUGCGCUCAAUGGGGGAGGGAGUGGGGGGGGAGAGGGUGGGAGGGAGGGAAGGGGGGAGAGAGGGGAAGGGAGAAAACGUCAAGAGGUCAAGAGAGAAUGUGGAGGAGAAGGGAUGUGUGCAGAGGGGGGGUUGUCAUUCGUCCGUAUCCUUCCUGCCUCUGUGCUCAUGCCAGACCAUGGCAGACGGCUGUUGA